UUUACUGAUUUUAGGGUGAUCUUGGUUGAACUAACUUUUUACGGAAAAGCCGUUAAUUCUGUUGGCUUGACAGCCUUGGAAAAGCUGGCACAUCUGUUUGGGCCAAGAUGAAGUUUUUAGCGUACGUUUGUCCUGAGGAAACGCCAACUUGUCGCCUUCCUAUUCUUGUUCUUCAUGGAUAGACAUCCCUCUUCUAUAUAUCCCGUGUUUAUAAAGACGAAGAACCAGAGCUUCUUUGCUCUCUCUCUCUCUCUCUCUCUCUCUCCUGGGUUUUUGCCGUCAUGGAAGCUCGAAUGGAGCAAAAUGGCUAUUUGUCCGUCCCUCAGUUUGGGGGUUGGGAUCAUAAGGCCCCGGGAGCAACGGAUUACUCCAUGGUGUUCACUCGUGCCCGUGCAAACAGGAAGCAGCACAAGAGCGACAUCAGCCGCGCGAGCUUUGGGAACGAGAAAGAGUUGAUGGCCGCCUAUCCUCAGGACGACCCGGUCAUGAAGAAAAAGAAGAUCCUGACCUACAUUAACUGCUGUAUCAAGCCGUGAUUCCCGGUUCAAACCUUCGACCAAAGCCAGUCUUUAAGAGCUGACCGCUCUCUUGUAGCAAGUUAUCCCUGUAAAAUAAUAGAAUGAGAUCGUGUCCAUCUGUAGAGACUUAUCGUAAGUUUCUGUGAUCUCUAACAGAGUUUUAUGUACCUUUUUUCAUUCAGAACGAAAUCUUUGUACUAGUACACUAAUCCCCGGACCGUCAUCAAUUUCAAACACGAGUUCCACUUGGCAUAUUAGCAA